GUUCAACCUCCUGUCAAAAAAGCUUUAACACUUGUGGCAUCAUCUACAGAAGCUUUUCUACCAACAAUUCUAAGUGUACAGUUCUUCCAUCCUGACAUGUCUUGUUUGCGUCCAACAGAAACAUUAAGAGAAAAAGAAAAGAAAAGAAAAUUGUGGUGGUGGUUUUAUUGCCCUAAGGUUUUGAAGAGGUAUUUCAAGAUGUUUUAUUUUACUAGGCCCCAAACAACAUUAGUGAGAACAAGACAUUAAGAUCCUAGAUCAAAGGCAUUUGUACUGAAUGUGCGGGUGGGAGACAGGUAAGACACCAUAUAAUAAAAACAAUGAAAGAGAGGCAUGGGAGACAGAAGAAAAAAGGAGAAAAGCAUGAAUAAUACAGGGAGGUGCAGAGGUACAGCGAGAGAGAGAGAGAGAAUGAGUAAGUAUGGGAGGGUUAAACAGAGCUCAACAAACUGAAAGAAUGUUUCAGGAAGAAGCCAGUGAGAGAGAGACGGAGAUAGGUGUGGGACAAGUACAGGAAGACAGUAAGUAAAUGAAAACAAGCUGCAGAGAAACAUCGAUAAGAGGAACAAUAACUUGCUUAAGAAACUGAAACAGUGAAGACGUGAGAGCAAGAAAACAAUGAUCUGUAGUACUAUCUGAAAUGGCUGGUAGCUGAUGUCCCAAAUGAUGAUAAAAACCAGAAAAACUGACAGUUUUCCUCAUAAAUCUGAAUAACAUAUAACAGUCUAAAAAGUGUGUGUGGAAGAAAAAGUUGGCAAUGGACAAAAUUAAAAGAGUCAUAAAGGAGAGAAAAGUAUGCCUUAUUUAAGGAAAAUAAAAAAAAACUUAAGAAUCUCUGAAUUUCUGGGAUAAAAGACUGCAAAGUUAAACAACAUAUGAAAGAUCUGAAUAUUUUAUUUGUGAAGAAGAUACCUCUUAUUAUAGAAAACAAAACACGACUAAACUAUAUACAAUUUAACAGGCAAACAGGACAAGAUUCGGGAAAAGGUAAAGUGAAUGAAAAAGUAUUAUUAUAGUUUUAAAAGACGAGAUGGGAAUUCAUAUCAUCCUUUUUGUUGCUAUUAGCUUUUCCUCCUAUUUUUAAUGUAUUAUGGGAAAAAAUUCCUUCAGCUUGCCACAGACUUUUGAAAAAGUCAGAAAUAAACAGGAAGACUAUCCUCAGAGAAAGGGAGAAGAAAGAAAGCAUUUGUGUGGAAUAUUUUUUUUUGCUAUAUUCUCAUUUUUGCUGCAGGAUAUAUUCUGUACACGCUACACAGUAUAUCUACAAUCAGAUUCUUGUAAAUAUUCCUUCUCGGGGAUUAUCCUGCCGACCUCUGAAAAGUGGAUCAAGCAGAAAUGGAAAGCGAACCAAGGCCCGCUAGUCGUUCUUUGCUGGGGUGCAGCAGUGGAGACAACUUAUGUAUUGUGCGAGAGUAUGAGUAUGAGGUGAUCAUUGUUCCAGUUUUUAUGAUCUUUGUCUUUUUCAUCAUCCUGGGACUUAUUCUUUGGCUGCGGUACCGAAACCAUAAAGAAAUGGAAGAGAUAAAUGAUGGCAAAGAUUCUAGCCGAGGUAUCCAAAGACCAAACACCAGUGAACAUAUAGCUCUGCGAGAGGCUACAGUUGAGGGUGUGCUGAGCUGCAAGGACCCAUAUCUAGAGACAUUUGAAAUACCCAGGGACAGAAUCACUGGUGACCUGCAGAAGAUAAGGACUGGAACAUUUGGUCCCAUAUACAAAGCACAGUUGCUGCCGAAAGAGUCGGAGAAGCAGCAGACUAUCGUUAUUGCAGCUCUGCGAGAUUCUCCAAGUGCACGUGACACACAGCUGUUCCUGGACCGGAUUCGUUUCCAUGCCAAACUGGGAAAACACCCUAACAUUGUGGAUAUGUUGGGCUGCUGUACAGAUCAACUGCCAAUAUACCUUAUUAUGGAGAAUGUGUCAGAGGGUGAUCUGCUCAACUUCUUGUGGACAUGCCGUCGGGAUGUCAUGGCCAUGGACAAGAUACCCUUUGAUAUCACAGAGAAGCAAAUAUUCAGUGUGGCCAUUCAAGUGGUAAAUGGUUUGGAAUAUUUGCACCAGAAAAAACUUCUGCAUGGAGAUGUGGCUGCCCGUAAUGUACUAAUACAUCAUGACUUUACAGCAAAAAUCAGUGGACUCAGCAUUGCCAGUGACAUCUACAACAGGAGCAUGAUCCUGAUGCACCACAAAAUUCCACUGAAGUGGCAGGCCCCAGAGCAUCUGAUGAAGAAGCCAGUGACAGAGAAGAGUGACAUUUGGUCCUUGGGAAUCCUGAUGUAUGAAAUGGUUACUUUAGGAGCUCCACCGUAUCCUGACAUUCCUCCAAGACAAAUUCUUCAGUUCCUUCAGAGAGGACACAGAAUAAAGCGACCACCAACCUGUGGAACCACACUGUACAACAUAAUGAAAUCAUGCUGGGAGUGGAGGGAAACUGACAGACCAACCUAUCCAGAUCUGAAGAAACGUCUAGAAGCGGGCAAAAAGAAUGCCAAUGACAAAAUCGUUUUGCAAGUUCCAGAAGAAGUUGUACCAGAACUGUAUGCUCAGGUAGCUGGACUUGAAGAAUCUUUUUUGAUGGACAACUUCACUAUACUGUGAACCUAGAAAGAACUGGUGGGAGCCCUCUUAGAACUCAGGGACACAGAGAAAGAAGGAAAAAAAAAAACAACAUCCUUAAUUGGAAACACAAUCUGUUUUUGUCUCUCCAGUGGAACAUUACAAUCUGCCUGUAGGAAGCUAAAGGGAACUCUGUACAAUCAAUAAAUAACCUGCUUACAUCUAGUUUUCCUCUGCAUCCAUAAGAUGAUCUUCCUUCAAAUUACUUAGCAGUGCCAAUGAGUUCAACUGCCUGAACUGGAAACAAACAGUUGUCCUAAAGUUACACCACCAAGUCAUCAUUAUAGAUCAAAUACUUGCCAUAAAGAUAUGGACUCAACAGUAAAAAAAGAAUUAAGAAUCCCUUUAAAGUUAACUCCUGCAUUAAAGGCUUUGAACAUCAAGAGUUGCUGUAUAACUCCUGUGGGACAUUCCAUACACGUAGCUGUAUUAUUCAGAUAUCAUUACAAAUGCAGAAAAAUUUUCUAUUUAUGUUUCUUCUUGACUGCAAUCAUAGUGCGAUCACCCUGCAAGUUGCCAGAGUCCUGUCUUCUAUUCACUGCGCCUUGUAUCACUUUUGUAAUUUGGUGGUUCUGCUUUGCACCUUCUGCUACUCACUUUAAUGUUUGUAAUACAUUUUGUGUGUGGGGGGCAGUUGUACAUACAGGUGUGCCUUUAUAAAGUGGAACAUGGUUACCUAUGCUGCUGAGAUAGUUUUCAUGUGUACCAGUAUUAUUCCUACCUUCUUAAAAACCACAGUUUGCAGAUAACAUGAAAAUGAAGCAUUCAGGUUCUUGGCUUUCAUGCUAGGCAUACACAGAGACUCCUUCCUUUCUGCUGUACCCAAGGCCCAGUCUUCUCUGUUAUAAAACUGCUUCUAUAGUGAAAUGAAGGUUUUAUGGGUUUUCAUUUCUGUUUCUGAAGUUCUGCAAUGCAGUUGCAAAUCUUUCUUAGCUGACAGCAAACUGUAUCUUCCACAAAAUGAAAUCAUUAUACUGUGCAGUAUUUCUAAAACUGAUUUUCACUGUAUACAAAAAAUAUAAGACAAAUGUGCAAUAACAUUGUAGGUUACUGUCUGGUAUCCUGAUCAGGAAAUUGUUACAGCACAUUGCACAAUGGCUAGAGGGGUACUUUCUAAUAGGUGAGUUGCAUGUCAUUAGUAUAGGCUAACAUUUUUUCCUAUGUGUAUUGUUUUGUCCAUUGCCUGCUGACCAUCAAGCCAGUGUCACAGCCAAAAAUUUUUUUCCCACUGGGGCAACAGUUCUGUGCCCAUUUGUUCCCUUCUGAGGUAAAAGUAACUGGAGUCUUCUUGCCCAAAAUGAAUAAUAAUGCUCAGUGACAUGGACAUCAGCUAAGCAGCCACGAGGAGAGUCUGGCUGCAGUCACUAACCCCUCCCCCAAGUCAUUAUGUGUGCACCCACAUCACCUAGGGAAUACAUAUCAUCUUCUAUUCAACACAUGCAUGGACAAGGGCUACAAUCUGGCUUGGUUAGCCACAUCACAUGCCCUUCAUGAAACUGGUCUUCUACUUCCUGUGUCAUAGGCCUUUUGCCUUAACAUAAUAGCCAGCCAGGAACCGCAGCAGCCUUCCUCCAGAAUGGGAGAGACAUAAACACCCAUUUCCUAUCUCUUCCUGUCUGCUCCUCUGAUGGCCCAGCUGCUAUACAAAUUCAGGUAAUCUAGGAGCACAAUCAGGGUUUUAUUUCUCUGCACUACAGAGCAGGCCAGCUAUAACAUCAUGCCUACAAAUAGUUUCAAACUGCAACUAAAAUUCCCUAUACCCCACUACACCCCACACCUGGACGCAAUCAACUACACUUUCCAGCAUCAAAAAUAAAAGAAAACAAACAGUACUAAUUUAAUUACUAAAGUAACAACUUAAUCCAUAUUUAGAUGCAACAGAAAAGAUACUUCCAUACACUUUAGUCAAGAAACAAUCUAAUGAGAGACUAUUGCAGAAUUAGCUCAUAUGUAUAGCAUUGUUUACAUCUAACCUUCAUAUGACCUUGCAGCAUUUUCCAAAAAUCCAUAUGAAAAAUUUUCUAAGAAAUAAAAGUUUCCCAUGUGAUUUCUCCUUACAUGCCACAUACUGCCUCUUUCUCCUUUCCAUAUUCUGCCACAUAUCUCUUCCAAUGAUCUUCUUUCUAGAUAAUUAGAAGUAGGAAAGCCUUAACUGUUUUAAUUAAAGCAUGGUACUAAAGCAGAAGAUGUCUGAAACUAUAUAGUUGACUACAUUGAUGCCAAGUGAGAAGGAAUACUCCUGUAAUUCAUUCAGGCAUGAUUUUAUUCAAGCUCUAGACAUGUUGCAGUCCAUAUUUUUGGCACACUUCUUCUAAGUGCAAUAAACUUGGUUCCAUGAUGUAACCUGUACUCAGCAAAGAUUUUUUUUAUUUGACAUGUUAGACUGCAAGCAGCCUGCUAUAUGCGUUAGGCAGUCUAUGUCACUUUAUCGAAUUAACAUAUGACUGAAACUGAAAAGAUCGAGACAGCAAAAUCAAAACUGCAGAACAACGAAUGUUCACAAAAGCAAAACUUACAAGAUCAAAACAAACACAUUCAGUCCAUUACAGGAGAAAUACAUGCCUGUCCCUUUAAACUACACUGUGAUUUACAGCAACUUCUGCAGCAAACAUGGAGCACUUUCCAGAUGAUAAUUGUUCCAGUGAAAUGAUGAACACAGUAUUCUGUUUAGCUUCAAAACAACCUUUUUCUAUAAUUUUGCAGGGGGGGGGGGCAAGCCUUCCUGCACCCACCAUGUAGAGGGCUGUGCCCCCCCACACCCCCUGCAAAUUAUAUAUACCAACUCCAAGAUCACACUACAGUGGGUAAAAGGGUGAAUUUCACGAUCCUCACUGUACCGCAAUCUCCAUUCAAGACCUAUGAGGAUCCAAAAAAAUUCUGUAGCAUCUGCAGUUGGUUCUUUGGUGUCUUGAGUUUUGGGUUUGUGAAUGUUCAAUCUUGUGCCGUUUCCAUAAUGCCAUCUCAUUGUUUUCAAUUUCAGUCAUAUUUUAGUUUGAUAAACUGAAGAAGACCCGCUUUAGAUUAGAACACACCAGUAUAGACCGGAGAGCCAAAAGAAUGCAGACAAACGCAAAUAAGCUGUCACUAGGUCAUAUGCAUUCAGCUUUAACCAAAGUUUGUGGAGUAGUACUGAAACAAAGGAGGUCUCCCUGCCAGUUUCACUGCUGAUUUUCUUUCAGUAUAAGCAGGUAAGCUUCAUUUCAUGUCUGAAAGUAGAUAAACUAGACAAUAACAUGCCUGGAAAUAUUUUGUGUGCUGACAGCAGUUUUGCUCUCUCCAUUCUCCUUUAUACCUGUAAGGGUGUUAAAUUGUUAAGCUCUAAGCUGCUGAUAGAAAAGAUAUCAAUAAAUUAAACAAAUAUUGUGUUACACAGUAA